AUGAUGGAUAUAGGGACCGCUGCCGCUGCCCUCUUCGGAGGAGCUACAGUCGCAGGAUAUUUGAAUGCCAAGUUCCACAUCCAGAAAGAUGUAUCAACGUUAGUCACGAUGAAGCAUGCAGAAAGACAGUAUGCCAAUGCCAUUAGCCAAAACAAGGGAAACCCAUGGUUCGUCCUACUGCAAACCGCGAAGCAAUAUCCCGACAUGAUUUGUCUCUGGACUCGCGAGAGAUCAUAUACCUAUCGACAAGUCCAAGACCAAGCUUGCCAAUAUGCCCAUUUCUUUCUAUCGCACGGCGUGAAGAAAGGUGACCUCGUGGCUCUAUACCUCCAGAACAGCAACGAGUACAUCGUCGCCUGGAUCGCCCUCUGGAGCAUUGGAUGUGCACCCGCAGCAAUCAAUUACAACCUCACCGGUGCCGCACUGUUGCAUUGCCUGAAGAUCAGCGGCGCAACUAUUCUCCUCGUCGACGAGGAUCCCAGCUGUCGUGCCCGCGUCGAAGAAAGCCAACAAGCUAUCACAAGCAAUCUGGGAAUGAAGCCGAUGACCCUGGAUACCUCCCUAAAGGCGCACAUCAACACUUUCCCAACAUCGUUCCCACCCAAGGAACUGAGCAAACAUGUCACCGGCGACUUCCCAGCAAUUCUCCUAUACACCUCUGGCACGACGGGCAUGCCCAAAGGCUGUGCAUUUACAAUGUCCAGGCUCUACACGACUCUCUUCGCCCGCCGGGCCAUGAUGAAUGACAAGGUCGGCCCAGGCGGUGAUCGCUGGUACAGCUGUAUGCCCUUGUACCACGGCACGGCGGCUAUUGCCAUGAUUUCGUGUCUGGUAAUGGGUGUGAGCAUCGCCAUCGGACCCAAGUUUAGCGUUAGUAGAUUCUGGCCAGAUGUCCGGGACUCCGAGUCGACUAUUUUUGUGUAUGUCGGAGAGACUGCUCGAUAUUUGCUCGCGCCGCCUCCAUCGCCACAGGAUCGGGACCACAAGGUCCGCUGUAUGUAUGGCAACGGUUUACGGCCGGAUAUCUGGGAGCGAUUCCGGGAGCGGUUUGGAGUCGCUGAAGUUGGAGAAUUCUUUAAUAGCACAGAGGGUGUCUUCGGUCUGUUUAACUACAACCGUGGUCCUUUCACGGCUGGAAGUGUCGGUCACCACGGUUUAAUUAUGCGUGGAUUAUUGCAUAAUGUCUUUGUUCCUGUUGCUAUUGACCCGGAGACGGGCGAUAUCUUGCGAGAUCCCAAGACUGGAUUCGCGGUUCGCUCGCCUUAUGACCAGGGUGGUGAAAUUAUCGUCAACGUCCCCGGCGAAGAGGCUUUCCAGGGGUACUGGCGCAAUGAUGAUGCGACCAAUAAGAAAUUCUUGCGCGAUGUCUUCAAAAAGGGAGAUCUCUAUUAUCGAUCUGGAGAUGCAUUGCGGCGACAGAGCGAUGGCCGUUGGUACUUCCUAGACCGACUUGGUGAUACUUUCCGCUGGAAGAGCGAGAACGUAGCAACCGCCGAGGUUUCAGAGGUUCUAGGUCAAUUCCCUGGCAUCACCGAAGCGAACGUCUACGGCGUCCGUCUUCCCAACCACGAGGGACGCGCCGGGUGCGCAGCAAUCCAAAUUAGCCAGGACACCCGUCAGACAUUUGACUACACAGCACUUGCGAGAUUCGUACGAUCCAAGUUGCCCAAAUAUGCUGUUCCGCUAUUCCUUCGCAUCGUCGAGAAUUCCACUCACAUUCACAACCAUAAGCAGAACAAAGUGCCACUUCGUGAUGAGGGUGUCGAUACUACCUUGAUUGGCACUAAAGCCCCCGAGGGCAAAAAUGACCAAUUCUUGUGGAUUGCACCUGGUGAUGAGAGCUAUUCACCAUAUGGACAGGAAGAAUGGGAGAAAUUAUCGACUGGGAGUGUUCGGUUGUGA